AGAGUAUGAUAUAACAAUGAUAUGAUAUGAUAUAACACAGGGCUCUUAUUAUUAUCGAGCCUUGUUCAUUAGAAAUUAUUUCUUUAAUUCACAAUUAAUUGUUAACUCUAACUAAUUGUCUUAACUGGCAAUCAAAGUGUGACACUGAUCUCAAACUCUGAAAAUGUCACUUCCUCCAAAUUAUCGUCACGCUGCUGCACAAUCUCAACAUGGAACGCCUUCUCAUAAUAUGCCUGCGUUCAACAUUUUGAAAGAACGUCUCAGAGCAUCUGGUGGCAUGGUUGGCAGUUCUAAGGAUGCUGCCUCUAGCCCCUUCGUCCAAACUUCACAUAGUCAUCCUGCUUUUAAUCCACAAAAACUAGGAACGAAGGGAUUUGCGGAUGGAAAAAUACCAAAAGCGCCGAAAGCACCCGAGAAACCACUUAUGCCAUAUAUGCGGUACAGUAGAAAAGUUUGGGAUCAGGUGAAAUCCGAUCACCCAGAUUUGAAAUUGUGGGAGAUUGGUAAAAUUAUUGGACAAAUGUGGAGAGAUCUUCCUGAAUGUGACAAACAAGAAUUUAUUGAAAGCUAUGAAGCUGAUAAAGUCGACUACGAAAAGGCUUUAAAAACUUUCCACAAUUCUCCACAAUAUCAGUCUUACAUUGCCGCAAAAACUCGAGCUCAACAAGAACUGAGUGAAAUUAAUGAAAAGCCACUAUCGACUAAAGCCACGGCUGCUGCUGAACGAAGAAUAGAAAUUCAGCCAGCGGAGGACGAGGAUGAUCUGGAUGAUGGAUUCAGUGAAAAACACAAGGCUCAUUCACGAUAUGUUAGGAAUCACAAGUUGAUCAAUGAGGUGUUUUCUGACACAAUGGUUCCAGAUAUACGUUCCGUUGUUACCACUGCCCGAAUGCAAGUUCUUAAGCGACAAGUGGAGUCUCUCACGAUGCAUCAGAAAAAGUUAGAGAAUGAAUUGGAGCAAAUUGAAGGAAAAUUUAAAGCCAAAAAGCAACGAUUCAUGGAAUCUAGUGAAGCAUUUCAAGAAGAAUUAACAAAACAUUGCAAAAAAGCUGUUGACGAAGAAACAUUUCAAAAACUAGUUGAGAAACAGUUCGAAAUAGCUCGUAAAGAACUAGAGGAAAGAAACAAAAACGCAACAUCAUCUCAAGCAGCUGCAGCUCCUGUCCCAAAAGAAGAUGGAGAUGGGCACUCGAUUCCUAUGGCAAAACAGAAUGGCGUGACUGCCGUACCGGACAAUGCGGAGCAUACUACUCCAAUGGAAUCUGGGGCACUAAAUAAUAUUUCAGAUAGCUCAGCUUCUAAUGAGACUACAAUGAUAAGUCAGAACCAUGCUAUAGUUUCACAAGAUAAACACGAUGUAGAAGAGGAGACGAGUAGCGUUGUAGAAAUUUCAGCUGGCCAAUUGAAUCAUUUGCCAGAAAAAUCACCAGAGGAAGAGGAGGGAGAAGAGGAAGAAUCCGAGCGAAUGGAGGUUGAUGAAUCUACAACAACCACUUCUGGGUCCGAGCUAGUUCAAGAUUCUGCAGUCGUGCCAGAAAUUCAAAAUGAACAAUUAUCUUCAAUUACUAGAGCACUCCAUGAUGAUGAUUCUGCAUCAUCCGAGAUUCCUGUCAUUGAGGAAGUUGAGCAUCUGCAUGUUGAACAACAUCAACCUAACGCAGAACCAGCAAGUGUUACAAACACUACAGAUACUACAGAUUCAGAUCUAGUUGAUGGUCAAGAAAACACCACGGAGAUUUAUCAAGUGGAAACUCAUAACCAAACUCAACUCAUAACAUCCCACGAACACGUUGAAGCACCAGCGGGUGCAGAGGGUUCAGUUUUCUCAACACAAGAAAAUCAGCCUAAACAUUCACCUCAGAAUGAGACUGUUGCUGAACAUGUAUUAGAAAAUACGACAGAUGUAUCUAACAUGGAGGAAGCGAUGAGUACUGCUCAAGCCCCCGCUGCAGUUGAACCAGAGGGUAUGGAUGUGGAUCAGUUGAAACACUCACCCACUAAUGUCCCGGUUUUGCAUGAUGAAUGUCCACCACCUACUGAAUUGAUUGUGGAUUCUUAUUCGAACUCAAUCGCGGCAGGUCAACCGCCCCCAGCCUCACCGCCUGUGGAGCAGCAACAACAACCAGCACCAGCAUUCACUCUACCGUCUGAAGUUCAAGAGUCUGUUUACAAGGAUGCAACUUCAUCUGAUGAUAAUGUUCCUUCAGAUGUACAUUAUACUGAACCAGAAUCGGAGCCUAUUGCUGACACCGUUAGUGGGAGUAAUGAAGUGGCUAUGCCUUUUGCAAGUCAAUCUGAACCUUCCGAACAAAAUUUCCCUGAUCAUACCUUAGAAGCCACCCAGCAAAUUGAAGGUGCCCCUGAACCUGAACCUCUUCCUAUUACCGAUAUAGAGGCCCCCUCUAUUCUUGCCCCAGCACCACCACCAACCGAGGAAUUACCGAAAACCCUAGAAGAGAGUGAGCCACACCUGGGAGAAAAUAAUGAAUCCCAGGAUCCAGGGCCAUUAAUGAUCGAAACUCAAGGUGAAGAAACCGCCUCAGACCCUCCAAUGGAAACAUAAUAAUUUGAAUUAAAGGAGUGGUCCGUACAUGAUCAAGCAAGCAUUUAUUAUUUACUUAUUAUUAAUUGGGCAGAUUGGGCUUGUUCCACAGUAUGACUAAUUUUAAUUAUUUGAUUCAAAAUAAGUAUAUUACUGUUGUGAAUACGGGAUGUUAUUUAUGGCUAAGUGUUAUAUGAAUGAUACAUGCAUAAUAUUAGUAUUAAGUUCAGUGCAGUUAAUUUCUACUAUUGUUCAAGGAAAUAAUUUUAGUAUUUUAUAUUCCUAUAGACUUUCCUCUAAUUUACAUAAAAUUGUACAAUAUAAUACCCCCCGAGUUGUCACAUAAUAAACUAGCUAUCCUUAAACCUUCA